ACCACCUCAUCUCUCUAACUCUCUCUACGCCUUCUUCUCCUCUCCACCAUACACCGGCGUUGGGUUCGUCGGCGGCGAUCAGGCCGGAGACAGGAGAGCCGGAGAGGUUGUCUGGUCUCGUGUCAUCUCCGCUAGUCCAUGAUCUGUCACCGCGAAGGCCGCCGGGUUUGGAUCCGGACGAGAUGAAGCACUUGUUUCGCAGGCGACUUGGGACGGCUGGCCGUCCCCGAGUGGGCCGGAGGCCAACCGUCGGUGUGCCGGUACGCCCACCAAGGCAUGGUCGGGUUCCUCACCACUUGGAGCUCCCGUGCACUGCAUCGCCAGUACUUCAGCCUUUCUUCUCCAACUCCGACCGCCGCCGCUCGAUCUCCACCGCCGGUGAUUAACCGUCAUGUUCCUUUGCUGCAUACGCUCCUCUCCUCUCCAUCUACAUUUCCCCUCAACUAAUUUGGCGCCUCUUCUCUCUCUCUCAGUGGUUGAUACAUCCUUGACACGAACCUCUUCACGCACUACCGGGCCGCUGAGAGAAUGCAGCUCCGGAGGCACCCUGCCAAGACACUGCCUAUUGAGCUCAAUGGAGAAGCCAUAGUCGACAGCCUCACUGAAAUUAAUAAGAAAAGGGUGUGGGCUAGCAGAAUGGUGAGGGAUGACGAGCUCUACAUAGUACAGGUUCAGGGCAUUCCUGGCAUCAGUCUCCCAACUACGCUGGUCGUCAAGAAGUGCCAGAACGUGAACCUAGCACUACAAGUGGAUGACAAUGUCAAGCACCGCUACAUUUCAGAGAUGCUCCUGUUAGCCAGCAACUCUCACGACAACAUCAUCAAAGUCGUAGACAUCAUCCAGAGGGAAGAUGCCAAUGCCAUCAUGCUCGUUUAUGAGUAUCCGGUGAAUGGCAGCCUUCAAUCCUGGCUGCACCAACCGGUGGAUGCUGUUCGCCCGUUGAGCUGGCCACAGAGGAGGCUCAUUGCCAUCGGCGUGGCCAAAGGGCUCUGCCACAUGCACCACACAUGCAAAAGGCCGAUUAUCCACCACAACAUCAACUCCAGCAACAUCUUGCUUGAUCAGAAUUUCAAGCCCGUGAUAGCCAGCUUUGACGCUGCACAGAUGAACAUGGCCGGGCUCGACCAACCGUUGCCAAUUGCGGGCCUGCCUCUAGGAAACUUUGGUUACUCAGCUCCAGAAUACGGGGUCGCAGCAAGCGAGCUGACGGAGAAGGUCGACACAUACAGCUUUGGGGUGCUGCUGCUGGAGCUCGUCACGGGGCGGAUGGCCAAUGAAUUUGGAGCGGAUGGUCAUUUGGCGACCUGGGCGCGGAAGAACUUCACUAAGCUAAUGGCAAACCAACAGGAAAUGUUCCAGAGUGCCGUGGACCGGGACAUCCCAGAUCAAGCGCAGUACAUGAAGGAGAUGGCAACUGUGUUUAGGCUGGGUGUUGAUUGCACCGCUGUUGAUCCACAGAAAAGGCCGUCCAUGCGGAUGGCUCUCAAACGACUCCGCCGCGGCUGUGGGCGUGGCCCAUUCCGUGGACUCCUCGCCUGCUAUCUGCUGUGAUGCUCGUUGUCUUUUCUAGAAAGAUCACGUCAUGAAUGAAUUGUUCAUAUGAUGACUCAGUUGAAUAAAUUUGUAGAUAACAUCUCUGAGAACAUUUUGCUGUCGUGCCUUAUUCUGAGAACAUUUUGCUAUCCUGUUGUGUUCAC